ACAGCUUACGCCCGCCAGGCAGGGAAGUUUUUUUCUCAUCUCAAAAAUUCAAGAUCAGAAUACAAGAUGUCUGAGAAUACAACGAAAGCGGACCACCUCUGUGUCCUUGUGCAUGGGCUUUGGGGGAACCCAUCUCACCUGGAUUAUGUGGUCUCUGCCCUGAGGGAACGCCAUGAUGAGGACACUGUUCAUAUUCUCUGCGCCAAAAACAACAGUGGAAAUUGGACGUACGAUGGAAUCGAGCUUGGCGGCGAGCGAUUGGCGCACGAAAUCGAGGAGACAUUGGAGAAAUUGGAUAAGAAUGGGCAGAAGAUCAAGAAGCUGAGUAUUAUUGGAUAUUCUCUCGGGGGGCUCGUGUCCCGAUAUGCGAUCGGCCUGUUGCAUGCUCAAGGAUGGCUCGAGAAGGUGGAGCCCGUCAACUUCACAACAUUCGCUUCUCCCCAUGUUGGCGUAAGAACGCCGCUCAAGGGGAUUCGAGGUCAAAUUUGGAACGGAUUGGGACCAAAGACGGUCUCCAUGUCUGGACAACAACUUUUCAUGGUCGAUUCAUUCCGAAAUACCGGUCGGCCACUCCUCAGCGUCCUAGCCGAUCCGGAAAGCAUCUUCAUCCAAGGGCUGAAGAAGUUCCGUAACCGAUCUGUCUACGCAAACGUUGUUAAUGAUCGCACCGUUGUGUUUUACACCUCGGCGAUUUCUAAGACGGAUCCCUUCAAAGAUUUGGAUAACAUCAACAUCAACUAUGUUGAAGGCUAUGAUCAAGUUAUUGUCGACCCUGGCAACUAUCUACUGCCAACAACACCGGAAGAACCAGAGAAAGCACAGUCUCGCUGGUGGAAGCAGCUUAAGACAGUUGUGCAUGGAUUGCCUUUCUGGCUACUUAUCAUUCUGGCGGUGCCGCCUGCAUUGACAAUUUUCCUUGCGAAUGCCGCCGUGCAAACAUUCCGCAGCCGUCAGCGGAUUCGACUUCACUCAGAAGGCAAGAAUGGCCUGCGCUUUGGAAGGUACAAGGUGCCUCUACUCGUGCAGGACGUUCACCAUGUGAUGGAGGAAGUCUUCGAGAAUGUCAAUGCUCGGCAAGAGCCUUCCUAUCUCUCGAGUACCGAGGAGGAUGAGCUUUCUGAUUCAGCGAGUGAGAAGGGUAGAACAAAAGUGCAAAACUUUCCUAGUGUAGCAUCAAGUGCUGGUUUUGAAGAGCCCUCCAAUGCUUAUAUUCGGGACGAGGAACAUGCCAUCGGCCACCAUCACAAGCUUGCAUUGACGGAUGAUCAAUUCGCCAUCAUCGACUCCCUCAAUGCGGUGGGGAUCCGGAAAUAUCCGGUCUACAUUCACAAUCACCGACACAGUCACGCGGCGAUUAUUGUCAGAGUGCGCAAGGAUGGAUUCGACGAAGGCAAAAUUGUUAUGAAGCAUUGGCUGGACAAUGAGUUUGCGAUUUGAUUCAACCAGAUUAUGUUUUGCGUUUUGGCACAGCAUUUCUCGGCGUCUAUUCACUUGGCACAUUGGCUUGGCGAGGAUUUUUCUUUUUGGAGCGAGCGUUAUACGUGAUCCUUUUCAGCAACAUAUAGUAGAU